AAAGAGGAAAUAGCCAAGAAGGACUCACAGAAAGAAGAAGUAGCCAAGAAGGACGUGUCGAAAGAGGAAACAGCGAAGAAAGAACGAGAAAGCAGUCGAAUCAGUGCCCGAGCCAAAGGCCAUAGACCCGAUCCAUAUGAUUCGUAUCCGUUCAUGACUGAGGAUGAAGAACUUGAAUGCUAUGAGGGAGCCAAAAGAAAGGAUGUCGAGCAGUAUGCGCGAGCAAUGGGACGUAUACUCUUCAAGGAUAAUAUCAAGGCGAUGUACAAGGAUCAGGACAAGGAGCGCUGCGAUUGGUUUGAGGGCAUUCUGCACUUCCGCUUCCCAACGUGGAACGCUUUCGAGACGAGAACAAAGGUCCGUGCUGCAAUCAGGGCUAUCAACAAGAACGCGACAAUGGCUCGCUGA